AUGUACUGUGCUUCCGAUAAAACUAUCCCCGGUGUGUCAUCAUCGCAAUCUUCGAAAAACGUCAAAGAUGGCGUGACAAUGAGAGAGAAAAGGGGUGGUGCAAUGAGCAAGAUGCAGAAAUUAAGAAAACGCCUCUCCCUUAGCUUCGGUAGAUUAUCAACAAAGGACGAGCCAGACGGCGACAGUAGUGAAUGUCGCGGGCGACAACAGAACGGUGGUAGUCGGGGCAAGUUACCCUACAACGGCUAUUCAGAGGAGUGCCUCGACAGACUCGAGCCCAACGGCAAUAUACCACAUGACAAAGAACCGCAUUAUGAAUGGAGCGGCGGCGGUGGCAACGGUGAGUAUCGUGUAAGAAGACAAUUAUCAGUAUCUUCUGACUCAAAACUUUUGGACGAAGGUGCAAGAGAGGAAGCACGAGUAGUGAUGAGGCCCAAGCGGCCGCCUAGGCCCAAGUCAGAGGCUUUCCUCGGCCCACACGACCACUCCAACCGACGUACCAAGCGGUUUAGUGCCUUUGGGGGUGACUCUCCCUUCGGGAAAUCCGAAGCUUACGUGAAGCUUGAGCAACUCGGUGAGGGUUCCUACGCUACAGUGUAUAAAGGCUAUAGCAAUUUAACGCAGCAAGUGGUGGCUUUGAAAGAGAUUAGACUGCAAGAAGAGGAGGGUGCACCAUUCACCGCGAUCCGCGAGGCUUCGCUACUGAAGGAACUGAAGCACGCUAAUAUCGUUACAUUACAUGACAUCGUGCACACCAGGGAAACGUUAACUUUCGUGUUUGAGUUUGUGGACACGGAUCUAUCACAAUACAUGGAAAGGCACCCCGGCGGGCUCAAUCAUCACAAUGUUAGACUGUACAUGUUCCAAUUGCUGCGAGGUCUGUCAUAUUGCCACAGAAGAAGAGUUCUACAUAGGGACGUAAAGCCACAGAACUUGUUAAUAAGUUCUCAUGGAGAGCUUAAGCUAGCGGACUUCGGUUUGGCACGCGCCAAAUCAGUGCCGAGUCACACAUACUCGCACGAAGUCGUCACACUCUGGUACAGACCACCAGAUGUGCUUCUAGGUAGCACCGAGUACUCGACAUCGCUGGAUAUGUGGGGUGUGGGCUGCAUAUUCGUAGAAAUGCUCUCAGGAGUACCCACGUUUCCUGGGGUACGGGAUACACACGACCAAUUAGACAAAAUAUUUAAGGUGGUGGGCACGCCGACGGAGGAGAGCUGGUCGGGGGUCUCGCGGCUGCCGGGGCUGCGCGGCCACGUGGUGCGCUGGGGCGCGGCGCCGGCGCGCUCGCUGGGCGCCGCCUUCCCGCGCCUGCGCGAGGCGGGGCGCGACGCCGAGCGCCUGGCCGCCGCGCUGCUGCAGCCCGACCCGGCGCGCCGCCUGCCCGCCGCGCGCGCGCUGCACCACUCCUACUUCGCCGACCUGCCGCCGCGGCUCCGAGAACUGCACGAUGAGGUGUCGAUAUUCACAGUGGAAGGGGUUUGCCUGCACUCCGAGUCGCGACACGCUACCAUUAAGUGA